AUGUGGUCGCUGUCCGUGGUCCUGAACCCGCUGCUGUUCCUGCUGCUGUUCGGAUACUGCCCUUCAGUGACCAUCAGGCCAAAGGAGGGGUGGCAGGUGUACAGCUCAGCUCAGGAUGCAGACGGGCGUUGUAUCUGCACAGUGGUGGCACCUGAACAGAAUCUGUGCUCCAGAGAUGCCAAAGGCAGACAGCUCCGCCAGCUCCUGGAGAAGGUGCAGAACAUGUCGCAGUCAAUCGAGGUGUUGAACCUGCGGACGCAGAGGGACUUUCAGUACAUCAUGAGGAUGGAGAGCCAGAUCAAAGGACUGCGGUCAAAGUUUCGACAGCUCGAAUCAGACAGGAAGACGCUCGUCAACAAAAACUUUCAGCAUAACUUCAGCCAACAUAACUACAAAUCUAACCCCAACCAUUAUCCUGAUCUUAACCCAAACCUGAGUCCAACCACAACCAGAAAAUGA